GAGCUCAUAUCUAAUUGUAUCAAUGAUUUCUCCUGUGGAAAUUUGGGUUUUGUGGAGUUCCCUUUUGUUAAACACACGCAGCAUCAUUGUGGUUUAGUGGCAGUUAAUUGUGAUACAACACCCCCAACUGUCCAGUUAGGAACGGGAGGAGAUUGGUAUCAGCUUCAGAAUGUACUGAAUUUCGGGGUUCACUAUGCAAUCAAGCUUGGAGACUCGAAGCUUAAGAAACCCUUUGGCAGCCAUAAUUACUCAAAUUUAAACUACACCAUCCAUUUUCAGAAUUCUCCUUCUAUCGCGUUCUUCAAUUGGGAUGCAAGCUUAUUGAACAGCUAUUUUAAAUGCAAUGACAGUCAAGCUGAUGAUAUAGUAGGCAAUUAUGAAAGUCUCACAAACUUGCCAGGAAUGUUAUCAUGGAGGAGGGCAAUGCACAGAAGACAGCAAGAACCAAUUUCACUGUGCACAAGCCACAGGGAACAUCACCACAGGUAACACCACCACAGGGAACAUCACCACAGUGAUCUACACCCCCGCAGGAAAUAGAAGCAAGCGCAAGCCAAUUCCAAUCAUAGUUUCAGGCGCUUUAGCACUGAUCGUUGUAAGUAUGGCUAUCUUUCUUGUCUGGCAACGCAAGGAUGGAAGGAAAGGCGGCUAUUCGAGAAACACAUCUUCGGAUCCCACCUCAGACCUUGAGAGGGGCCGCAGUAGGCUCUUUGGAAUUCUAGUCUUCUCCUACUCUGAACUUGAAGAAGCCACACGCAAUUUUGAUCCUUUUAAAGAACUUGGAGAUGGAGCUUUUGGCACUGUUUACUAUGGGAUACUUGGGGAUGGAAGAGAAGUUGCUGUGAAACGCCUUCAUGAGCGCAGCUGCAAGAGAAUGGAGCAGUUUGCAAAUGAAAUCUCAAUUCUCAACCGGUUAAAGCACCAAAAUCUGGUUAGACUAUAUGGAUGCUCAUCGAGGCAUAACCGUGAAUUCCUCCUUGUAUACGAAUAUAUCCCGAAUGGAACAGUUGCAGAUCACCUCCAUGGCAACAGAUCAGCAGAUCGACUGCUCACAUGGCCAAUCCGCAUGAAGAUUGCAGUGGAAACUGCUGCAGCAUUGGCUUAUCUCCACGCUUCAGACAUAAUACACCGCGAUGUCAAGACUAGUAACAUACUUCUCGACAAAAAUUUCUCUGUUAAAGUUGCAGAUUUUGGUCUCUCGAGACUCUUCCCUGCUAAUGUCACUCAUGCCACCACUACACCUCAAGGAACACCUGGAUACGUUGAUCCAGAUUAUCACGAGUGUUAUCAGCUCACUUAUAAGAGUGAUGUCUAUAGCUUCGGGGUUGUUCUUAUUGAACUCGUAUCCUCAAUGCCAGCUGUGGACAUGAGUAGGCAUACACACGAGAUCUAUUUGGCAAAACUAGCAAUGAACAAGAUUGUAACGGGAGCAGUUGAUGAACUCAUUGAUUCCUCUCUGGGAUAUGAGAAGGAUACCGAAAUCAAUAGAAUGACAACUUCAGUGGCAGCGCUAGCUUUUCAAUGCUUGCAAUCUGACAAGGAUAUGAGGCCUACAAUGGAACACGUAUUAGAGUCAUUGAAGGAGAUUCAAGGCAAUGAGUUGAGAAACGAUGAUGAAAAGAUGAAUGGUGAGGAAACUAAUGUGUCUAAAGAAGAGGAGGUGCGAGGAAAAGCAAUGCGAUGGACAUGGGGUGGUCCUUCUUCACUUCCAGAUGGUGUGAUUUUGAAGCAUGUUGCAGCUACCAAGAGCAGUUCGCUGGACAUGUGACUAUAUGGGAUUUGUAACAUAGUAUUUUAUUAUUUCAUUUUCUUAUCAAACUUGUGAUUAUUGUACCUAGUGUUUUCUAACCUAUAAAUGAAACUACCACUUC